AUGGCCCCUUGGCGCUACUUUGUAGACCUGAACAGCAUGAAGGAACACUUCAGAUCCAAGGUGCACAAGAAGAGGCUGAAGCAGCUGCGGGAGGCACCGUACACACAGGAGGAGGCUGAACGUGCUGCUGGAAUGGGAUCCUACAUCCCCCCAAAGCAGGUGGAGGUGCAGACACAGCCCUUGGAGGAGGUCACCGAGAUGGAGACAACCAGCUGA